AUGAACCUACAGGUCUGUGGGGACGAACGAUUCUUGAUGGAAGAGAUGACAGAGUUACCUAACAUUACCAACUUGGGACUGAUCGUAUUGGCCUGUGGACAUUCCUUUGGAGCCGGCUCAUUCCAUGUUCUCAAGAUGUCUAGUGGUAUAACAGAGCUGGCACUUCAACUUGACACUCGGAGCGACUGUAAGGCAUUUGCUGCGUGCCAAUCAGGUUGCAUUUAUGAUGAGCCAUCAAACUGGGAAACCGAGGACCUCGUGCUACCUUGCCUCAAAGUUUUGGCAAUCAAUGACCUGAGAGGAACUGAACGUGAACUCGCUCUUGUGAAAAGGCUAUUCAAGUGGGCAACAAUGCUAGAAAGGGUGGCAAUAAUUUUCCAUGACUCGGUCGAUGAAAGCAACUGUGAAGAGUUGCGCCGGUUGUUACUAAGCUUCUCUAGGCCAGCAAUAUGCAUGAAAUUCUCGCAUGGAGAAUGUUUGUCAUUUGACUAG